AUCGAGGAGGUUAUGCAGAAGAAGGCGCCAGGGGUGCCUAGCAGUUCCACAAACCAACAUCCUCAACCAACUGCGAACUCCCAAGUGACGAGGAAGGGGUUUUCGGCGAAUUUCUUCAGGACUACAUUCAGCUCUCGUGUGAAGGCGGUACCGACCGCCGCUUCCUCAACCACUGUCUCAGAUACCACCAAAAUAGGCAGCGCGGAGACCAAACCUAUAACUAGAAAUAGGCCUAGGACAGUACCCCCGCCGGAACAAUCAACACUAAAAAGGAGUACAUUACGUACUAAGACAGCUUCGAAGCGACUUGAAAAGCCUGGUGAUCCGGAGCGGUCAUUGGCCCGAGCUCAGCUAACUCCUGAUCCUGGAGGAUCUGAUAAACAGGACUUGAAAAGUCCCAAUGUAGUCCUCCAAAUAGUCAGACAGUCGUCCAAACCGCUAGCGGCAAAUCCACCUCAAAAAUUAGAAAAAAGUGACAGCAUUUUACCGCCAUCUUUAAAACCACGGGCUCCAGAAAAACCUAAAUCAAAAAUCAAAACUAUCAACAACAAUAAUGUCUGGACUAAUGCAAACGAUACUAAAAUUGUUGGGAAGAAACUGCCGGUGCAGCCCUUAAGAGGACCAAGCCAAGGGAAGCAAGAGCCGGCACUAAAAGGCGCUCCAUCUGUAUCAAGUCUUGAUUCGAAGCAUCAUAAGGUCGCUCCUACGCGUGAUAAGACUUUAAAGAUCUUCGGAUCUAAAGAGAAGCUGCAUAAGGCGCAUAAGAAGAAUUUAGGGAAUAAUAAUGCGGUAGUAGAAGAGGGGGAGGGAGAGUUUGAAGAUGCGCGGGGACCGUAUGAUAGCGCCGAGGAGCUGUUGCGGGGCUCGCAGGAGUGCGUGAGCUUGCCGGUGAUGCUGAAUGCGGAAAUGCCGGGCUUCCAGGAGGUGGAGCUGCGACCAAGAAUACCGUCUGAGGCAUCGCUAGCAUCAGGCGCUCGAGAACUGGAAACUCUUCGCCGCGAACUAGAAGCGAGCGUCAUGGAACGGGCUCAACUACAAUCGAGGAUCGACGAGCUGGUCGAAAGAUGCAGCGAGACAGAACGGCUACGCUGCCAGCUGGAAAGGCUCAAGAUGGCAGAAGCGGAGCGGGAAGCGGCGCUGGAGCGUUUAGCGGACGAGAACGGUGCGUUGCGCGCGCGACUGCGUGGCGUGGCACACUCUCCGCUGUCCGACAGCGAGAAGAGGCAACUUCUGUUAGCGCCGGCGCCGAGGAGGAUGCACUCUUCGGCGCCUGCGUCUAUCGCUCUCGCACACAACGGUGAGGGCGAUAGCGGGGAUGCGAGCACACCCGAAUGGGACAAACAUUCGUCUUCCUCGCUCAGUGAGGUGUCGGUCGCCUGCCUUCAAGAUCGCAUUCUGCAGAUGGAAGAGCACCACUAUAGUACAAGCGAAGAGCUCCAAGCGACACUAGCCGAGCUAGCCGAUCUACAGACUCAGUUGGCUGACGCACACGCUGACAACGAGCGGCUGGCCGACGAGAAGCAAGUGCUGCUCGAGUCGCUGUGUCGGCAGACUGAGAAGUUAGAGGACAGUCGCACUAAGGUGGACACUCUUCAGGAAAUGCUGCUUCGCGAAGGCGUGGAACCAGAGGCACUGGUUUCUGGAGACACCGACCAACAGCUGCUGGCAGUUCUCAAGGUGUCCCAGGAAGAGCGUAGGCUGCUAAUCACCAAGCAAGAGCAGCUAGAAGCAGAACUAGCAGAGACCAAGACGUCUUUGGACGAGAAAACCAAAGAGAACGAAUCGCUCGCUGAAAGAGUCAGAACAUUAGAAAGCACAGUAGAACGGUGCGAGGCAGAGCGACUACAAUGGGAGCACGAGGCGGGCGCGGCGCGAGAAUUAGCGGGAGCGAGGCAGAUACAGCUCACGUCGCUCGGGGAACUACUGGAGCAGGCUAAAGCUAAGCUGGCGGAGCGCGCGGGCGCGGCGGAGGGCUGCGCGGAGGCGGAGGCGGCGGCGGCGGCGGCGCGGCGCGAGGCGGACGCGGCGGCGGCGCGCGCGCACGCGCUGCACGAGCGCCUCGCGCACGCGCAGCGCCAGCUCGACCGCGCGCACAGCGACGCCCGGAAGCUGCACGACGACGCGCUGGUAUCCCGCAACAACGCCAAGUCCACGAUCUCAGAGCUGGAGUUCCAGCUAGAACAGCUUCGGCAGGAAAAAGCUGCGCUUCAAGCCGAACUCCAGACUGCUCAGGACGCCACCGCCGAGCUGCAGAUACAGGUCCAAGUGGCGAGCGACGAGAAACUAGCGUUAAUGAGCAGAGCAGGAGAAGCGCUGGCACAUGCCGCUGAAGUGGAGAGGCAGCUCUCCGACGCGCGGGCGCGGAACGCGCAGCUCGCGAGAGAAAGGGAGAGGGACGAAGCCGAAUGGAAGCAAUUCCAAUCCGACCUGCUGAUGACGGUUCGCGUGGCCAACGACUUCAAGACGGAGGCCCAGCGCGAGCUGGAGCGCCUCGUGUCCGACAACAAGGCUGCCCGGGAUCGGAUCCGCGCGCUCGAGGACCAGAUACAUUCGCUCAAAGGUGUUGACAGAUCAGUAUCGAUGGAUAGCGUCAUCUACUCAGAUGACGACAAAUCUAGCGAGUUCAGAGACUCCCAAAGCGAUAUAUCUAACAAAGACAUAUUCAGUAAUAUCAGAACGAGGUAUCUAUCGAGGGUCCAUAGCGUGUCUGACCCGAGUUUGAAAGAUACGAGUAUAGUCAAUCAGGCGUUCUAUAAAUCCAGUGUUCCCGAGGCAAAGAUUGAAGGAAUCAAAAUUGAAAUAGAUAAUGUUACGACAGAUGAAACAAAUGAUGAUGAUAAAGUAUUCUUAAGUGCAGUCGAGACAUUUAAAGAUGGCGAAGAUAUCAAAGUUAGUACGCUUAAGAGGCAAGAUGCUGUUGAUGCAGCUGUAGAUAAAAUUAAAAGGCAAGACGCUAUUGCUGCUGAAAAGGUAAAAAGGCAAGGCGCGUUUGAUAAUGCAGAUGAGCCAGAAAUAUUUCAAGAAUUUAUUGUUCCUAUUGUUACUAAUGAUAAACCCAAAGAUAAGACCAAAUCUGAAUCCUAUAAAGUUAAACCUAGAGAUGGUACUAUUUUUAGUACAAACCUAAGAGGUAUUUAUAAUGGUAAACCAAAAGCUUAUAGUCUAGAUAAUCUACAUAAUCAUGGUGAAUUUAGAACAUCAUUAAAAGAGGCUACUAGUAUAGAGUUUUUAGGUGCUAAUUAUAGUGAUACAUCAUUAUUUACUGAAGGGUCAGAUAGUGUGUUUCUUUCACCUCUUGAGAAAAACAAUACAUUUGUAAGUGAUCUCGUAGACCUAACACCGGAGCCUAAAACAUGUAAUGUUUUAGAUAAAACAGUAGACACGAAAAGUAUCAAUGAUAUACCAGUUGUCAAAGCAGCGUCUAUUCUUCCUUUCCCUUAUCCUAAUGACAUAAAAACAUCUCUAACUAACCCGUUUGUACCAUUCAUUCAAGAUGUUAUCCCUAAAGUUACUGAAGUUAAAGAAAAGAGUGCCGCCAACAAACCAGAUUCCAUUUCAGACCCAAAAAAAGUUCCUGAAGACCCGGUUGAAAAAGAGUUUAAGAAAGCUAAUGAAGAUCUUAAAUUGACAUUUCGUUCGGCGAUUGAACGAAUUAUUAAAAAUGGUAGAACAGCGAAAAGGCCUUCAAAGGAUACAUAUACAGAUAAACACGUACAAAUUAUUGCCGCCGUUAGUAAGAGUUUAAAAAAAGUAGAUAAUCAGAGAUGUGAUUCUCCUGAAAUAGUAAAAAUGGAGUUAAACAACAAUACGCAAGAAAGGGAAAGGGAUGUUGAUAUGAUAGAUUCAAAUGUACCAAAAACAUCUCAGCUUGUAGAAACGAAAAUUUCUGAAAAUAACCCGUUUAUAGAAGUUGUAAACGAGCCAGCCCCAAAUUAUUCUGAUGUCGGAGCAACAGUUGAUGAUAAUAUUAGUUACCAUUUAAAAAUAAACACUCUUAAUGAUACUUCUUAUGAAAAAACUCCAGAGGCUACUGUCGUUCGUAAAAUUACUCCUACUUCUACUGAAAAUAAGCAUGAGAGAAUAAAAGGCUUCUUAACUCCUAUCAAAAUCGUCGAUGGUAAUAUUAGUUUACAAAGCAGUAAUGCGUCAUCCCCGAUCGUAAUAAGUCCAGUCUUAAUUCAGCCAAUCUUCUUUCGACCAAAUGUCAGUUCUGUUGAAGUUAAACAGGAGAGCAAAAAAGCAACCAUCUACUUUGACGAUACAGACCAAGUUCGGGCUAAUGAGGAAAAGGCUCCUAGAAGUCCAUUAAAGGGUGAUGACAGUCAAAAGAAAAAGGGACUAUAUCAAAAGAAUUCAAAGUCGAAAUUGCCUUUUCUGUCUUGGAAAACCUUUGGAUCAAAUGAAAGCAUAUCAGAAUCUAAAUCAUCCCCAACCAAAAUUAAACCUUCUGAAGUUAGAAGCGUUGCUAAGUUGCCAAUAAAGCCAGAUUUUCUUAUUGACAAUAAAUAUUAUCAGCCAGUACAAAAUGUUCCUUUUAUCAUCAAUACUUCUCAGUCUCUUGCUUCAACUUUUACUAGAACAGAACCUAAAAGAACAGAGAAUACCAAUCCAUUCUUACCACUGUUACAUCGAAGACAAUCAUCCGAACAAUCAACGGAAAAUUAUUACGAAGAAAUAGGAGAACCUACCAUACCAUUCAUCGUCGAAAAGAACGUUGCUGAUGAUGAUAAAAUUAACAAAAACCUUGCCAAAACCGAGCUCGCUGACAUCCCAAGAGAAGACAUAUUAGUUGUACCAAGGAGACCUAAAAGACCUAAGAAAGAAAAACGUGUCAAUCCAAAAAUAAUACUUACACAAGACAACGAAGAACCUACUGAUAUUCGUAAGGAGAUGGCUCAAAUUACCAAAUCCGUAAUAUCAUUAUCCAGAUCACCAAGUGCAAAAGAAUUGACUAAAAAACCUAUCAGUCCUAUAAGUGAAAUUGUUCAUAACCUAGAAAAGCUUCCAGUUUCUGACGUUCCCAGAAAAUUGUCAUUACAAGGUCAGAAAGCGCCCACAAUUGAGUCUAAUUUCGGUUCUUUGCCUCGUGAAAAAAAGACGUACCACUGGAAGACCCUGGAACACAAAAGACUGUCGCACCCGAUCAGGUCUCUGAAUGACCCGCUGCCGGCGCGGCCGCUACCGAUGCCACCCAGAACAGAGGAGCCUCCGCCUCCCCCGCCGCUCCUGACCAGCGCUUCGCUGCAAGACAUCAUGGCGACCGCCGCUUCACAUCGACGGACAAAAGGCGUGUCUCGCCAAGAUUCCCGGUUAUCGGUGAAGUCGCUCAUCGAGAGUAUAGAGAACGCGGCCAAAGCCGCCAAGCAGUCGCCAGCCACCACUCCUGUCACCGAGUGGCCCACGGUCCCGGGGCCGCCGGCGGCCGCGCCCGCCCCGGCCGCCCACGGGCUGGCGGAGGCGCCGCCUCCCAACGGCGUCGGCUACGCCAAGCCCCCCGCGCCCCGCGCCGCGCGCCCGGCGCCCGUCCCCGCCGAGGGCGCGGCGAGCGCCAACAUCCCGGACGAGCAGCGCGCGCUGUCGCUGCAGCAGAAGGCCAUCGAGAGCUUCGUGCGCCGCAACAGCUACGGGGACAUAUGUGAACGCAAGGACCCGCUGAACGCUCUGCAGGUGAAGAACGGCGGCUCGAAGAGGAACGCGCUCCUCAAGUGGUGCCAGCAGAAGACCGCUGGAUACAGUAACAUCGACAUUACUAAUUUCAGUUCGUCGUGGAACGACGGCAUGGCGCUGUGCGCGCUGCUGCACUCGUACCUGGGCGAGGCGCGCGUGCCGUACGCGGCGCUGAGCCCGCACGACCAGCGCACCAACUUCAGCGUGGCCUGCGCGGCCGCUGAAGCCGUCGGCAUUCCCACCACCCUGAACAUACAAGACAUGAUCCAGCAGGAGCGACCCGACUGGCAACAGGUCAUGGCCUACGUUACUAGCAUCUACAAACACUUCGAAACGUAACUUAACACCUUAUUCCUUACACUAUACAGUUCAUAAUCGUUCAACACACUACCCGGAGUUGUGACUUUUAUACAUGUACAUAGCUAUCUUACAUGUACAGAAACUUCGAAAUGUAACUGUAUACCUUAAAACUAUUGAUUUAGAACUUAUAUCCGGUUGUUUUAUCACCAAUUUAUCAUGAAAUUCACGAGGUCUUGUUAGAGGUAAACCAGUCCUACAAUGGACAACUUUAGAUGUGAGCGUUUAUCCUCCAGACGACUGGGUGACAAAAUUUGCCAGCGUAAAUUUAACUCUGUCACAUUGACAAAGAGUCAAAACUUAAUUGGGGCCAAUGUACAGUCGCUAUCAGAUAUAUCGGAGCGGCCAAGGUGCAAAAUCUGAACAAGUCUCUAUUGUCAAGGCGUUAGCUAUCGUAUUAACAAUAGACACGCACUAGCGUGUUUAGAUAUUUUUGAGCACCUCGGCCGCUCCAAUAUAUCUGAUGGUGACUGUACUGGGAGUAGAACGUCGGUCGUCAGGCGGUGAGUAUAUACGCAUGUCAGAGCCGCGUUAAUUUUAAGAUUGGUUGCAAUUUAAACAUUACAUUAUUAAAACAUGUGUUACAAUGUAAUUGAAGUCGGUUUUUAAAUGGUAUGUAAAGUUACAUGAUUUUUACAUAUAAGUAUUGAAUUAUAAUUGUUGUUUUUGCAAUGAAAUCUCAGUAACGCAGUCGUUUUGAAAAAUUCACGCGCUCACAGAAAUUCUACGAUUGUAUAAUGUAUAUGAAUUUAUUAAUUUAAAUAUUUGGAUGUUGAAUCAUUUUAUUGAAUUAGGUAUGAAUUCCGCGAUUAUAUCAAUACUUUCACUGAAACUUUCACAUGCCAUUUUUAAAACGAACGUUUGUGAAAUAAUAAGUGCCGUUAAAAGGUUGUAUUGACACUCCUAGACUACGAACUUGGUGUGAUGUGCAGCGAUUGCCGAGUGACUUCAAAUUGCCUUACUUAUAAUGAAAUUGGAAACAGUAAUUGUUGAUGUCACCUUUCUAUGCCCACCUCUCUAAUUCGAAUAAAUAGACGUAUUCCAAAAGCACCUCUAUAUCCCGAAAUGAUUUAUCAACUUCUGUACCUCAAAUAAAAUAAUAAGCCGUACUUAAUAAUAUAAUUACCUCUCUGAUACGGAAUUUCAUUCAUUUUACCUCUUUAAGACGAAUAAAAACCUAUAAGAACCUCUCUAAGUCCAUACCCUCUAUAAGACGAAAACUCGUCACCAAGAACUUGAAAUAGAGGUGGAUUGUCAAAGAAAACUUCGUAGCUACAGUGCCAUCUUUCGACACAUGAUUAAAACUUUUAGAACGCCUUUUGACUUUGAUCCUUAUUCUUUCACUGAUAUGUGUUCAAUUUGUUAAAGAUCAAAAAGUGAUAUAGAUAAAAAAGCCAAAGGUAUGGCGGCAUCGUAUCGGGCGAUGGCGCCACAACCUUUAAGCCCAUGCUUGGUAAGAUGGCGCCACUUUUUUAUAUUCAACAAAUUUAACACAUAUCAGUGAAAGAAUAAAGACCAAAGUCAAAUGGCGUUCUAAAACUUUUAAUCAUGUGUCGAAAGAUAGCAGUAAAUUUACUGUGGCUACAAAAUGUUCUUUGACAAUCCACUUCUAUUUCAAAUUCUCUUUGACAGUAGCGACACUGAACAGGUGACAGAGAUGACAUCAACAAUUGUACAUACCCUAAAUGGCCUUGAAUGCGUGAUAUUGAGAAGUGAGGAAUUAUUGUGACGUCCGUCUUUCCAUGCUAGAAGACUGAUUGGUUAGCUAAGAUUAGAACGUUAGAACAGCUAUAUAGGAGUAUGGGUUUUGUGUAUAGAUUAUUAGCAAAAAUCGGAAAGAUUUCGCUGUGGAAUUGUCUUUGACAUGUAAGAGCGUUUUCACAUUGUCCAAUCCGAUAUCGGAUGUCGGAUACGACCAUAAAGAAGUUAAAUGUAAAACAAGUGCCUCUCGCAUCGGACAGUGUCAAAACGCUCUUAUGUAUAGGUAAGUUUUUUUAAUAAAUAACGGAUUGUAGGCUUUGAAACACAUUUUUGCUCGUAACCUAUUCUACAAAACCAUUAGCUGGACUUCAAUUAGAAUUGAUAUUGGAUUGAUGGCCUUAAGUUUGCAUUUAGUAUAUUUUCCACUAUUCUAGUAAUGUAUCUUAGUAGGUAUAUACUUAUUCCAAUUUAUAUAUUUAGCAAUAAUGCGGCUAACUCGUGUAUUAUCUUUAUAACAAAGAGUUAUUGAUUGUAGAAGAAAAUCCGAUAAAUAAAAAAAUUGCUUCGAGCUUGAUCGUUGAAUUAGAUGGCGCUGUCAAAGAUAAUUAAUUGUAAUAGAGAGAUAGUCUAACUAAAAAACGUGCCUCUUAGUUUGACAUGGAGCUGUACAGCGCCAUCUUGUUUACCUGUCAAAUUCGAAGCAAGAAAUUGUCUUAGAUUAUACACAUCUCACUCAAUCAUUGUUUCUUUCAUGGAGGGUAGAGGCUAGUUCAGCUGUCAAAAUCGGCUCCCAUUUUUUUCUUACACUUUACGUCUCUUCUACAACCAAUAACGAAUUGCUUACUAUGUUCGUAUAUUAUAUAAUCAUCAAUUUUAUCAAUGCUAUCAUUUAGUUUUUUCACCAUUCAAAAAUCUAAUAAAAUACCAGGGGGCCUACCGCGAACACCGGAGUUCGCUAAUUGCGGGCAUCUUUCUCUAUCACUCUAAUUACUCCUUAAUUGGAGUAAACAACAAAGAUGCCCGCAAUUUGCGAACUUCGGUGUUUGCGUUAGGACCUCAGAAAUCAACCUGGGCAAUGGGCAUACCUAAUCUGUAAUAUUUUUUUAGUCUACUAAAUCCUACUUAUUUCUUUUUUGACUAAACAAAAUGAUAGCUUUGUGACAUAUUCCUUAAUAUUUCUAAGAUAUUGGUAAUAAAUAUAAAGUCAUAUAUUUUGCCUAUGCUAUACGCCAUUAUAUAUGUAGAUAUUUUUAUAACAGCUUGUCCACCAUUGUACAUGUAUUUUUCUAUUACUCUUAGAUACACGUAAGUUUAUCCUUCAUUAUUAUGUGUAUUCGUGUUUUGUAUCUCUUAUGAAAUAUCUAAUCUUUAAAUUAUACCUUAUGUCGCUGAAUUACGGUUGAAUUUCUUCUAUUUCGUGAGUACAUAAGUUAAUAACACAGCUAAAACCUAAUAAUAGACCUUAAAUAUAUCUUCCAUAGAGUUCAUAACUCUAAAUCUUUAAAAUGGUAUUACAGUACUUUAUACGGUUCAUUCAUAAAAUUGGACUUAGCCAAUCACAGAUGAGUUGUUCUCGAACAUGAAAUGCUGUGAUUUGAUUGGUUGAAAUGGAUUAUGUUAGAUUUAUAAAUUAGAAAUUACUUUAGCACGUAUGAGUGAAUGUUUUUAUUAUUAUAAAGUUUUAUUGGAUGUGCAUGACUCGAUUGAUUUUGCCGAUUGUAUUUUAUUGAGAACGUGAUAUUUUUAUGAAUUGAAAGUCUACGGACGCUUUUUACAAGUUUGAACCUUAAUUCAAUGUUAUAACGUCUAUAAUGCAAAUAUGUAAAUUAUGACGAUACCUAUACGAGGAAUAUCACGAGGAACCCAAACGUAAAACUCCAAAAGAAGGAAAAAGUUUAGGUCAAUGUCGCCAAAAAUAAUAGGUUUUUUUAAAUGUAUUUGUACACAAAAUGAAAUGUUUUAUUAGUAAACUUGUCACUUAAAAUAUUUUUUUACUUUUUUUCGUAAAACCUAGUUUUAUCAAAGUGUUAUUUGUCACGUUUUUACACCUAUCGAUGAGGAUAUUUAGACUGUAGACGCCAUAGUAACAACAUCACCAUCAAAUAUGUGUUUAGCGCUAAGUAUGUUUUUUUUUCAAUUGGCAUUAACUCCAUUGACAUAUACCUAAGGACAGGCUUCACCGGCACUAAAAACGGUGCUAGUUCAGCGGUGUCACUCACGAAUUCGAACCAAUCAUGCAGUCUAACGCAACUAGUUGCGACCAAUCGCGCGCGUGAUGCGAACUCAUCAACCAAUCGCGUUGCCAUUCUUAUUGCCCGGUAAGACCCGUCCUUAGAUAUAUGUCAAUGAUUAACUCUGAAACUAGGCAAAUUCCAGAAAAGUAUAUAGGAUACUUUAGUCCUUUAAUAUGAUCAGGAAUACACUAUUAAAAUAUUUCGGGUGCCUCGUGAAACUCCGUGUAUUUGUGAAAUAAGUGUAUGUUUUCUUCCUUAUUAACGAAAUAUUUCUUAAAAUUGUGUUUUGUUUUACCUAAACCGCCUCACGGCGAAAAUACUAAGCAGAGUCAAACCAUGAUAAGUUGGCAGCGAUUUUGACAGCCCAGACAGUGCAAGUGUUAUUUUAAACGUCAAACUUCUAUGAAAUUAUGACGUUUACUUAACACUUGCACACGCCGGACUAUCAAAAUCGCUGCCAACUUAUCUUGGUCUGACUCUAUGUAUUUUUGUCAUCAACACGGUGCAAAAUAGCUCGAGUAAAUAUAGAUACGGAAAGUACCAAAUAUACACCUUAAUAUAUGGGCAAUAAGGUCGUAUAUACAUAUUUUUGGCACUUUGUCCGUAUGGAUAUUUUCAGACGUCAGAAUGUACCUAUCAUAUAAUUUUAGGAACAUAUUUUUAUGAAGUUUUUCGUUAGUUGGGAAAACUUGAGAUUAGAUUCGAUCUCUAUUGUAUUGAAUAUUAACAAUGCUUCCUGUAGGAGGAUGUUUAACUAUUAUGAGGGUGAGUUAAACUUGGUUACCUUUGUUUGUUGAAUGUAUUCAGAACUAUUAAUUGUCUAUUUUGAUAUGACUGUACCUGUGUAAAUAGAGCCUAAUUAAAGUUCCUUAUUUAUAA